AUGACGGGAGCGGCUAUUCGGUUUCACAUAAAUGCCUACAUAGAACUCCGCGAAGUCGUUAUCCCCACACUUUUCCUGGUUCUGUUCACGUCGCACACCGACAUCUCCCCUCAUCGUCGUCCACCACUAGCUAUUGCGCGACCACCAUUGGCCAAGAUAUUUGACAAACAUGGUAAGCUCGGGCGGGGACAAACUAGCAACGGCAUUCAGGCAGUUUCCUCCAUCGUCGACGCCUACCCGAAACGUCUUACUGCCGUGCUUCCUCUUGAACUGCAGGAAGAAAUCAUUGACGAGCUCAGCACUGACCUCAGAAACCUCAAAAAAUGCAGCUUUGUGUGCAAGAGCUGGCGUUCUCGCACUCAUUUCCAUGCAUUUUCGUCCAUCCGGCUUCAGCAUACUUCCGUUGAAACAUUCAGUUCUUUUCGCGACAACCCAUUCUCGUUCUUCACCAUAUAUCCCCGUGCUCGUCGCAUACAUAUUGUGGGAUCGCAUCAGCAUCAUGAUGCCAUGUCAUGGAAUCCGUCGCAACUUGAAGCCUUGGCCUGCGCCUUACAGGGACUUAGAGACAUCGGCAAUGCCUCAGUACUAAUCCUCGAGAAUACCGAUUGGGAGGCACUAGCCGGAUCGCCUAUUCCAUCACUAAUGCUGUCCCUCGACACCGUCAGCUCCUUGGAGUUGUCCUGUGUCACUUUUCCCCGACAUUCACAAUUUGCCGAACUUGUCGCAGGUUUUACGGCCUUGCGCCACGUCGUGUUCCAGGAUAUUGAGUUCGGAGACUCGCCACCUGUGCUUGAGCGGUUGUUGGCAGAUAAAAUCAUGAUGGACGAUGAAAAGAGCGCGCUUUCACUUAGGGGGGCAGGGACAUUCCUGAGAAAGAGUCUCCACUGGGCGUGCCAUUCACCGAAGCGCGGUGAUGAACUCACCACAUCAAUCGGCGCCCAUGUUUCGAGGUACACGGAUCCCUCCGCCGUUUUACGAUCACUGGGUUCGUCUCUCAACUAUCUAGAAAUUGUGUCGCUAGCGGAUAUAUCAUCAGAUACGAUCAUAUCCACAGUAGACCUCUCGUCCAAUACAUCCCUUCGAAGGCUUAGCCUAUCCUCGCCUUUCCGUGUGCUCUCCCUUAUUCCAUGGCUAAAUCAUGUGCUCUUACAAAUAUCCUCCCCCUGUCUUCGGGUCCUGGAUAUUGCCUUCGCUGCCUCUCGCCAGUUCCAUUUGGACCAGCCGUUCCUGAAAUAUCUGGACAAAGUGCUAUCCAGUCCUCAGUUCGCCGAGCUCGAACUAAUCCAGUUCAUCGUGGUGAACGGGAGGCUCUAUCCGGACCUACGCUUGAGCAUGGAUAGCUGCGUCCGCUCAGCUAUGCCGUCCUGGGAUAGGAAGGGUGUUUUGAGGGUUAGUUUUGUUUAA